UAGUUUUGCUUUAAUAAUCGAUGUGGGACCAGGACCAGUGUGCAAAUAUGGUAGCAUGUGUAUCCACGACAGUGCAGUGUUUUAAUUGAGUGAAGAAAUGACAGGAAUACUAGGAAGGUCAAAAAUACUGAUUGUUCUCCAACAUUUUCGAAUUUUACACUGUCCAUGUGAAGAAAGAUGUACGGUUACUGACACACACAUCAUAAGAGUUUAAAGUUUUCAUGUCUUGCUGAAAACUAACAGAAAUAACAGUUGCUGAAUUAUGGAACUGCCGAAUACUCCAACAAGUUUGAUUUUUGGUGUUAAUGGUGAGAGGUUUGAGCUCUCCCACGUGGACCCAUCAACUACCUUGCUCCAGUUCUUGCGCACUCGCACUCGUUUUAAGAGUGUCAAACUCGGUUGUGGUGAAGGGGGAUGUGGUGCUUGUGUAGUUUUAGUCUCAAGAUACGAUCCUGUGCUUGAACAAGUUGAGGAUUUUACAGCAAGCUCUUGUCUCACGUUACUUUGCAGCAUACAUGGUUGUUCAAUAACAACCAGUGAAGGAAUUGGAAAUUCUAAAGAAGGAUUCCACCCAAUUCAUGAAAGAUUUGCAGGAUUCCAUGCCACUCAAUGUGGCUUUUGUACUCCUGGAAUGUGUGUUUCCCUCUUUGGAACUCUUGUCAAUGCUGAAAAGACCGAUCGUGCAGAGCCACCAGAUGGGUUCUCAAAAGUAACUGUUAGUGAGGCUGAGAAGGCUAUUGCAGGGAAUCUUUGUCGCUGCACUGGGUACAGACCAAUUGCUGAUGUCUGCAAAAGCUUUGCAGCUGAUGUUGAUAUGGAGGAUUUGGGGUUUAACUCGUUUUGGAAAAAGGGAGAGAACAGGGACUUAAAGGUUAGUAGGUUGCCUCGUUAUGAUCGUAAUCAACUGAGUAGUACAUUUCCUACGUUUUUGAAGGAAAUCAAGCAAGAUGUGUUCUUGGCUUCUGAGAAGCACAGUUGGCACCGACCUAUUAGUCUAACAGAGCUUCAGAGUUUAUUAAAAUCAAACAAUUCCAAUGGAACACGGAUAAAAACUGUAGUUAGUAAUACAGGUAUGGGAUAUUACAAAGAUAAAGAAGACUAUGAUAAGUACAUUGAUCUAAGGGGAAUUUCUGAGCUUUCAAAGAUCAGAAAGGGCCGAACAGGGAUUGAAAUUGGAGCAGCAGUGACAAUAUCUAAAGCUAUUGAAGUACUGAGGGAAGAUAUCAGAGGUGAGUUUCUCUCAGAUUAUGUAAUGAUACUUGAAAAGAUUGCUGAUCAUAUGAGCAAAGUUGCCUCAGGAUUUAUUAGGAACACAGCCAGUGUUGGUGGCAAUUUAAUCAUGGCACAAAGGAAUAAUUUUCCUUCCGAUAUUGCUGUCAUACUUCUUGCUGUUGAUGCAAUGGUUCACAUUAUGACUGGCACACAAUUUGAGUGGCUGACACUGGAAGAAUUUCUGGAAAGACCAGCGUUAGGUCUGGAAAGUGUGCUUUUAAGCAUUAAAAUUCCUAGUUUGGAACUCAAUCAAAGUGAAUCCUCAGAACCAAGAAGUAGAUUCCUCUUUGAGACAUACCGAGCUUCUCCAAGGCCGCUUGGAAAUGCCCUUCCCUACUUAAAUGCUGCUUUCAUGGUUAAGGUGUCUCCAUGCAAGGAUUCUGGUGGAACUCUGAUAUAUACUUGUAGGUUGUCUUUUGGUGUUUAUGGGAGUAAACAUGCAAUCAGAGCCAAAAAAGUUGAAGAACUUUUUGCUGGAAAACUUUUAAGUGCUAGCGUUCUGUACGAUGCUGUCAACUUGAUUACAGCCACUAUUAUAUCUCAAGAUGAUAACGUAUUAACAGCUUAUCGUUCAAGUUUGGCUGCUGGUUUUAUUUUUCAGUUCUUUAACCCUCUUAUUGACAGUCCUGAAAGAAUAAGCAAUAGUUAUUUGAAUGGAAGUUGUAAUCAUCCUUUUGCUGAUGAUUUUGAAUUAAAAGUCAGUCAAAAGAAGGCACCUCAUGACAAAGUUUCAACUUUACUAAUAUCUGGAAAGCAAGUCCUUGAAGCAGGCCGUGAGUAUCAUCCUGUUGGUAAGCCAUUCGUGAAAUCAGGAGCUGCACAACAAGCUUCAGGUGAGGCUGUGUUUGUGGAUGACAUUCCAUCACCAUCAAAUUGCUUACAUGGAGCAUACAUUUAUAGUGCUAAACCUUUAGCAAGGGUAAGGAGUAUAAAACUCACGCCUGAGUUGCAACUGGAUGGAGUAAGGGAUAUCAUUUCAAUUAAAGACAUUCCCAAUGGUGGGGAAAACAUUGGAUCCAAGACCAUAUUUGGGACCGAACCUCUAUUUGCAGAAGAAAAAGCUAGAUGUGUUGGUGAUCGUCUUGCAUUUGUGGUUGCAGAUACUCAGAAAGUUGCAGAUAUGGCUGCAAACUCGGCUGUUGUUGAUUAUGAUACUGAAAAUCUUGAGCCUCCUAUUCUAUCAGUUGAAGAUGCUGUUGAAAGAUCUAGCUUUUUUGAAGUUCCUCCAUUUCUCGAUCCAGAACAUGUUGGUGAUAUAUCAAAAGGAAUGGCUGAAGCAGAGCACAAGAUUCUUUCUGCUGAGAUGAAACUUGGGUCUCAAUACUAUUUCUAUAUGGAGACACAAACUGCACUUGCUGUUCCAGAUGAAGACAAUUGCAUUACAGUUUACUCCUCAAGUCAAUGCCCUGAGUCUGUUCAUUCUACUAUAGCAAGAUGCCUAGGAAUUCCUGAAAAUAAUGUUCGUGUAAUUACAAGAAGGGUUGGGGGUGGUUUUGGUGGAAAGGCCUUGAAAUCUAUACCUAUUGCCACAUCAUGUGCACUGGCAGCACAUAAAUUACAGCGUCCAGUUAGGAUGUAUCUAAGUCGAAAGACAGACAUGAUAAUGGCUGGAGGAAGGCAUCCUAUGAAGGUAACAUACAGUGUUGGAUUUAGGAAUGAUGGUAAGAUUACUGCACUGGAACUUCAGAUUUUGAUCAAUGCUGGAAUCUAUGUGGAUGUAAGUGCAAUUUAUCCACAUAAUUUAGUUUUUGCACUUAAAAAGUACAACUGGGGUGCACUAGCUUUUGAUAUAAAGGUUUGCAGAACAAAUCAUCCCAGUAGAUCCGCUAUGAGGGGUCCUGGGGAGGUGCAGGGAUCAUUUAUUGCUGAAGCUAUUUUAGAAAAUGUUGCAGCUACACUUUCAAUGGGUGUAGAUUCUGUCAGAAGCAUUAAUCUUCAUACGCACAAAAGCCUUCAGUUUUUCUAUGAGAACUCUAGUGGUGAACCUUAUGAGUAUACCUUGCCUUCAAUAUGGAGUAAGAUAGAGGUUUCUUCAAACUAUGAGCAGAGAACCAAAAUGGUGAAAGAGUUUAACAGGAUUAACAGUUGGAAGAAAAGGGGAAUUUCUCGAGUGCCGGUUGUGAUUCAAGUGACUCUGAGACCAACCCCUGGAAAAGUAAGUAUUUUUUCAGAUGGGUCUGUGGUUGUUGAAGUUGGAGGAAUUGAAAUAGGUCAAGGUCUUUGGACAAAGGUGAAACAGAUGGCUGCAUAUGGUCUGAGUGCAGUUCAAUGUGAAGGAACUGAAGGGCUUUUUGAUAAAGUACGAGUUGUACAAUCUGAUACUGUGAGCAUGAUUCAAGGAGGCUUCACUGCUGGGAGCACUACAUCAGAGGCAAGUUGCGAAGCAGUUAGGCUUAGCUGCAACAUCUUGGUGGAGAGGCUAAAGCCUCUCAAAGAAAAACUGCAGGAGGAAAUGGGCUCUAUCAACUGGGAGACCCUUAUUCUUCAGGCAUACAUGCGAGCUGUGAACUUAUCAGCCUCUUCGUUGUACACACCCGGUAAUGACGGUUACCUUAAUUACGGUGCUGCAGUAAGUGAGGUGGAAAUAGAUCUUCUGAAUGGAGAAACCAGAUUUUUGCAAACAGAUAUUAUUUAUGAUUNCAUACUUCUUGCUGUUGAUGCAAUGGUUCACAUUAUGACUGGCACACAAUUUGAGUGGCUGACACUGGAAGAAUUUCUGGAAAGACCAGCGUUAGGUAUGGAAAGAGUGCUUUUAAGCAUUAAAAUUCCUAGUUUGGAACUCAAUCAAAGUGAAUCCUCAGAACCAAGAAGUAGAUUCCUCUUUGAGACAUACCGAGCUUCUCCAAGGCCGCUUGGAAAUGCCCUUCCCUACUUAAAUGCAGCUUUCAUGGUUAAGGUGUCUCCAUGCAAGGAUUCUGGUGGAACUCUGAUAAAUACUUGUAGGUUGUCUUUUGGUGUUUAUGGGAGUAAACAUGCAAUCAGAGCCAAAAAAGUUGAAGAACUUUUUGCUGGAAAACUUUUAAGUGCUAGCGUUCUGUACGAUGCUGUCAACUUGAUUACAGCCACUAUUAUAUCUCAAGAUGAUAACGUAUUAACAGCUUAUCGUUCAAGUUUAGCUGCUGGUUUUAUUUUUCAGUUCUUUAACCCUCUUAUUGACAGUCCUGAAAGAAUAAGCAAUAGUUAUUUGAAUGGAAGUUGUAAUCAUCCUUUUGCUGAUGAUUUUGAAUUAAAAGUCAGUCAAAAGAAGGCACCUCAUGACAAAGUUUCAACUUUACUAAUAUCUGGAAAGCAAGUCCUUGAAGCAGGCCGUGAGUAUCAUCCUGUUGGUAAGCCAUUCGUGAAAUCAGGAGCUGCACAACAAGCUUCAGGUGAGGCUGUGUUUGUGGAUGACAUUCCAUCACCAUCAAAUUGCUUACAUGGAGCAUAAAUUUAUAGUGCUAAACCUUUAGCAAGGGUAAGGAGUAUAAAACUCACCCCUGAGUUGCAACUGGAUAGAGUAAGGGAUGUCAUUUCAAGUAAAGACAUUCCCAAUGGUGGGGAAAACAUUGGAUCCAAGACCAUAUUUGGGACCGAACCUCUAUUUGCAGAAGAAAAAGCUAGAUGUGUUGGUGAUCGUCUUGCAUUUGUGGUUGCAGAUACUCAGAAAGUUGCAGAUAUGGCUGCAAACUCAGCUGUUGUUGAUUAUGAUACUGAAAAUCUUGAGCCUCCUAUUCUAUCAGUUGAAGAUGCUGUUGAAAGAUCUAGCUUUUUUGAAGUUCCUCCAUUUCUCGAUCCAGAACAUGUUGGUGAUAUAUCAAAAGGAAUGGCUGAAGCAGAGCACAAGAUUCUUUCUGCUGAGAUGAAACUUGGGUCUCAAUACUAUUUCUAUAUGGAGACACAAACUGCACUUGCUGUUCCAGAUGAAGACAAUUGCAUUACGGUUUACUCUUCAAACCAAUGCCCCGAGAGUACGCAUUCUAUUAUAGCAAGAUGCCUAGGCAUUCCAGAAAGUAAUGUUCGUGUAAUUACAAGAAGGGUUGGGGGUGGUUUUGGUGGAAAGGCCUUGAAAUCUAUACCUAUUGCCACAUCAUGUGCACUGGCAGCACAUAAAUUACAGCGUCCAGUUAGGAUGUAUCUAAGUCGAAAGACAGACAUGAUAAUGGCUGGAGGAAGGCAUCCUAUGAAGGUAACAUACAGUGUUGGAUUUAGGAAUGAUGGUAAGAUUACUGCACUGGAACUUCAGAUUUUGAUCAAUGCUGGAAUCUAUGUGGAUGUAAGUGCAAUUUAUCCACAUAAUUUAGUUUUUGCACUUAAAAAGUACAACUGGGGUGCACUAGCUUUUGAUAUAAAGGUUUGCAGAACAAAUCAUCCCAGUAGAUCCGCUAUGAGGGGUCCUGGGGAGGUGCAGGGAUCAUUUAUUGCUGAAGCUAUUUUAGAAAAUGUUGCAGCUACACUUUCAAUGGGUGUAGAUUCUGUCAGAAGCAUUAAUCUUCAUACGCACAAAAGCCUUCAGUUUUUCUAUGAGAACUCUAGUGGUGAACCUUAUGAGUAUACCUUGCCUUCAAUAUGGAGUAAGAUAGAGGUUUCUUCAAACUAUGAGCAGAGAACCAAAAUGGUGAAAGAGUUUAACAGGAUUAACAGUUGGAAGAAAAGGGGAAUUUCUCGAGUGCCGGUUGUGAUUCAAGUGACUCUGAGACCAACCCCUGGAAAAGUAAGUAUUUUUUCAGAUGGGUCUGUGGUUGUUGAAGUUGGAGGAAUUGAAAUAGGUCAAGGUCUUUGGACAAAGGUGAAACAGAUGGCUGCAUAUGGACUAAGUGCAGUUCAAUGUGAAGGAACUGAAGGGAUUUUUGAUAAAGUACGAGUUGUACAAUCUGAUACUGUGAGCAUGAUUCAAGGAGGCUUCACUGCUGGGAGCACUACAUCAGAGGCAAGUUGCGAAGCAGUUAGGCUUAGCUGCAACAUCUUGGUGGAGAGGCUAAAGCCUCUCAAAGAAAAACUGCAGGAGGAAAUGGGCUCUAUCAACUGGGAGACCCUUAUUCUUCAGGCAUACAUGCGAGCUGUGAACUUAUCAGCCUCUUCGUUGUACACACCCGGUAAUGACGGUUACCUUAAUUACGGUGCUGCAGUAAGUGAGGUGGAAAUAGAUCUUCUGAAUGGAGAAACCAGAUUUUUGCAAACAGAUAUUAUUUAUGAUUGUGGACAGAGUCUAAACCCUGCUGUGGAUUUAGGACAGAUCGAAGGAGCUUUUGUCCAGGGCUUAGGAUUUUUCAUGCUUGAAGAGUACGAAACAAACCUCGAUGGUUUGGUGUUGCAAGACAGCACUUGGAACUACAAAAUUCCUACUGUGGACACUAUACCUAUGCAGUUUAAUGUUCAAGUCCUCAACAGUGGCCACCACCAGCAUCGUGUUCUCUCUUCCAAAGGUAUGACAGAAAAAAGAAGAAGAAAAAACUCUUCUUGCAUUGGUCUUAUUUAUUGUUCCUCUUGAAUUCACGUCAUUCCU